AAAAAAAUGAAAAUAUAGCGUUUGGAUGAAGCGUAAGAGCCGUCCAGCAACGUUGUACCAGUUUGUAAAUUUACGUAAAACACUGUUAAGAAUACRAGAUUGUCCCUCCUGGCGCAAUGUACGUCGAGUUUCUAAUGUGGGGCAUGCGCAUUACGCCUGUAUCCGUCAGUCUGCAGGAAGGAGCAGUAAAAUGGAUGCAGGAGAGGCUCAUGCCCAGCGACCUGUCACUUUGGGCAUCACAGUGGAAGAUGACAACAAAGAAGCUCCAGUUCCAGAGUCCGCUGAAACAACCACAAGUCAAACACCGUCCAAAGACAGCRUCCUAUGCCAGGAGGACAGCAUUGAUCUGGGUGGCAGGGAGUUUGUAACUCCACAAGAGGACAGCAGUGCCACGCCCUCUGAGAGCCUAAUGGACAAACUCAAUGAUCAAAUGAUGGAGAGUGUCAUGAUUUCUGACUCGCCCAACAACAGUGAAGAAGAUGACGUGGCUCCCAUUGACUCCUAUCUGGAUGGAGGGGAGGAGGAGAAUGUUUCUUCAGUAAUCAAAGAGGAAGAACGUGAAAUUGGACAGAAUACAACAGAGAUUAGUGUUCCAGUGGACCAGCAGGAAAAUGAAUGUUCCAAAGCAGACACAGAAGUGGAAGAGUUGGACACACAGGUAGAAAUUCCAAUUUCUGUUUCAUUUCAAGGCGAAACACUGACUCCAUCUGUUAUCCGGACUGAGGAACCAGAACCGCUGUCAACCAAAGGCAUUAGUCCAAAAGAUGAGCCUGUGCCGGUGUGUACCAUUUUUAGCCACGGCAGCCAGCCAAAGUCACUGGCACCUGAUGGUUUCCAGCCCACCUUGAUAAAGUCCCCCAGCUUUACCCUGGGAAGCAGUGGUGGCAGUGAUGAAGCAAUGACUCCAAGUAAAAUGCCCACCCCACUUGUGUGCCAGCCCAGUCCAAGCCUCAGUAAGUUCUUCACAGACAAUGGACAGACCAAUCCAGCCUCUGACUUUUUCGAUUCUUUCACUGCUCCAUCCUCUUUCAUAUCAGUUUCAAACCCCAAUGCAGAGGUUCCUCCUGAAGCCACGUCUGCACCCAUAAGUUUUACAGCUGAGCGCCAGCUCUCUUCCACUUCCUCCUCUGGGUCCACCCCAGGAGGACUUUUAGACUCUGGUGCCCCCACUCCUAUUUCAGUUUUUGGACCUGCCCUCACUGAACCAACCAUCAAGCCCCAAGCUCCUCCACCACAGACUGCCCCAUCUCCAACUCUGGCCCCAGUGACCAAACCAGCCUCACAAGCACAGCCCUUUAACCAGCUUCAGUCUGUGUUCUCGGGCAGUGAUGAUCCUUUUGCAACAGCGCUGAGCUUAAGUGAGGUGGACAGGCGCUAUGAUGCUUGGCUGCCAUGUGAGGAGACAAGGAAGGUGUUAAUUUCUGUUGCCACCCAGCAGUACGGCCCAGCAUACRUAGAGACUACCAGACUCACAAUGCCUGGAUUAAAAUUUGACAACCUGCAGGGCGAUGCUGUGAAAGACCUGAUGAUUCGUUUCCUGGGAGAGCAGGCAGCCAUGAAGAGGCAGGUCCUCACCGCCAGCUCAGUGGAACAAUCCUUCAUGGGCCUCAAACAGCUCAUUAGCAGUAAGAACUGGCGGGCUGCCGUGGAUCUGACGGGCCGGCUGUUGACAGCUCACGGUCAGGGAUAUGGGAAGGCCGGCCAGCCAACCUCCCACACCACCGACUCACUGCAGCUCUGGUUUGUGCGUCUGGCUCUUCUCACCAAGUUGAAACUUUUUCAAAAUGCUGAGCUGGAGUUUGAACCCUUUGGCAGCCUUGAUCAUCCAGAUCUUUACUAUGAGUACUACCCAAAUGUUUACCCAGGAAGGAGAGGCUCGAUGGUACCAUUCUCCAUGCGACUGCUGCAUGCCGAGGUUCCUCAGUACCUGGCCAAGCCUCAGGAGGCUCUGGACCGCCUGCAUAAUCUCAAAACCAUCUGCGUUGCUAUUCUGGAAAAUUUGGAGAAAGGCUUGGCAGAGGAUGGCAGCAUGAUCACCCUUACACAGGAGAGCAGACAAGCAUCUCUAAAGCUGUGGAGGUCUCGUCUCAGUCGGGUCAUGUACUCCAUGGCCAACUGCUUGCUGCUGAUGAAGGACUACGUUCUGGCCGUGGAGACUUAUCACUCCAUCAUCCAGUACGAGCCCCAGCAGAGAGUGCAGCUGCUCAGUGGUAUCGGACGCAUCUUCUUGCAGAUCGGUGAUGUGAAAACAGCAGAAAAGUACUUCCAAGAUGUGGAGAAAACCUGCCAGAUAAAAGGAAACGACCUCAGUCACACCACGUGUGUUUUAAUGAACAGGGCCUUUGUCUACCUCAGUCAGAACAACUACGCUGAAGCACACAUGUCCUUCCUAGAAGUGUUAAAAAUUGACCCUAAACACCCUGUUGCCAACAACAACGCAGCAGUGUGCCUCCUCUACCUGGGCCGGCUGAAGGAGUCCCUGGGCCAGCUGGAGGGCCUGGUGCAGCAGGACCCUGCCCUCUAUCUGCACGAAAGCGUCCUCUUCAACCUGACCACCAUGUAUGAGCUGGAGUCAUCUCGCAGCACGCAGAAGAAGCAGGCGCUGCUGGACGCCGUGGCCUGCCGAGAAGGCGACAGCUUCAACACUCAGUGCCUCAAACUGGUGUAAGAGGAAGAAUCACUGGAUAAAGAUGCACAUCCUACUGCUCUCCUGAGAACAAAGAUCUACUCCUGAGAGGAUGAUUGUACUGGGAUUCAAGCACUGCUCCACGUUUCUCCUCGUGUCAUCUGGAGAGUAAUCCAGUAAUCACCUAUUUACAGGAUUAAAAACUGCUCCAACAGAUGUCCUGUAUGUGCGAGGUUCCUGUUCGUUUAAAUUUAAAAGGAUAGUUUUGGCAAAAUGUGUUUAUUUGCUCUUCUGACUCAGAUGAGUAUGAAGCUACACCAGCUCAGAAAACAGAAAGAACUCAGACUGUAACAUUAAAACACAAUGGCUGUUUUUAUGUUUCCUGUGCAGAAACGAGGAUGUAAAAAGUCCAGUUUUCCAGAAAUAUGAACACAAUUAUGUCUUGACCUCAGGUUGUGAUGGACAGAGGCUGCUGCGUUAAUCUGGCAGUUUAUUCUCCGAGAUCAUGCUGGCUGCAUGUUUGUUGCACAAUUUUUUUUUCUUUGUCUUUCCGACUCUUUGCACUAAUUUUCUUUGACAUCUCUGCAGCCAGAAACGAAGUCUCUCAACAGAUAUUAUAUAAUAUAAAGUAGAGCUUUGAUCAGCUUUAAGUUAUUUUCAUGAUUGUUUUUCUGGUUGUAGUUGUUGUUGCUAAAGCACCUGUGUUGAGUGCUCCGCCUCACCUGUUUUGCAGAAUUGUUUAGGAGUUUGUAGAUAGAUUUGGAGCUCGUCUAGAUAUUUCCAGCCUAUGCUCACCUGUGUGCGGUCCUGUACUGCUUGUGAACUUAAAGUUGUUGCAUAAGGCAGUUCUUGAGUUGUAGCUUCAUAUUUAGCUCAAAGCUCCCUGUAAGAACUCAAAUAAACACAUUUCCUUUUAAAUUUAAAUUUUAACAGAACAAAUCUUAACACCACUACAGGGCAGUCUUAAAAUUUCUAAGUUGUUCAGUUGAAAAACAUAAUACACUACCGGAGUCUUUGCAUGGGCAUUAUUAUCCUGAGCGUCGGCGUGCUUAUAGUCUAAUAAACUUCCACUGAGACUCUUUUUAUAGCAGCUUCCUCUGCUGUAAAACUGGAUUACCACUUGAUUUCAUCACUCCUGCAGUGAAAAUAAACAAGCCCUUCAGAUUACAUAUGUUUCUGUCUACUAAUCAAAACAUGUAAAACAUUACCAAUCCAAAGUUGUGUAUACAUCUGAGGCACUUUGUUUUGCUAAGGCUCUAAUUGAUUUUUUUUUCUCUCCUGUUUAUAUAUUCUGUGAAUCAUAUUUAUGUAUUGGUAUGUUAAAAAGAAAUGACUUAUUCUAAAAAAAAUCUGAUCUUUUAAAUAAACAAUUUUGAUGGAA